UAGGGGCUGGCAGCGGGCAGCGGAGGGGCGGCUGCGCCCGCGCAGCAGAGCCGAGCCGAGCGGAGCCGAGCGAGCGCGCAGCCUGGCCGCCGCCGACUGCCACAAGCCAUCGCCGCCACAAAGAGCUCCCUGAACCCAGGCGGCCGGAGCUCCAGGAACUGUGCCGCACAGGAGGCUCUGAGCUGCGGACCAGGGGGAAGGGACCAGACUGAGGAUGGCCCGGAAGAGAAAGCCCCCUAACAUCCAGGGUGAUCCAAGGACGUAUGACCCGGAUUUCCAGGGACCCACUGCCGACAGGAGUUGUACGGACGUUCUGUGCUGUAUGAUCUUCAUACUGUUUGUUGUGGGCUACAUUCUGUUAGGACUUCUGGCUUGGACACACGGUGACCCCAGGAGAGUGGCCUAUCCUACAGACAGCCAGGGACACUUUUGUGGCCAGAAGGGAACCCCCAAUGAGAACAAGACCGUUUUGUUUUACUUUAACCUGUUCAGGUGUACCAGCUCCUCUGUGAUGUUCAGGCUCCAGUGCCCUACUACACAGAUCUGUGUCUCCAGGUGCCCAGAGAAAUUUCUAACCUACGUGGAAAUGCAAUUUUUGAACAAAGAAGACAAAAGCCACUGGGAAUACUAUCGCCAGUUCUGCAAGGCCACGGCCAGGCCUGCAAAGUCUCUCUCAGAUCUUCUGUCCCACGGCGACUGUCCCCCAGCAGUCUAUCCAAGCAGACCCUUCCUGCAGAGAUGCUUGCCUGACUUCUCAACCAUCAACGGACUCUUAACAGUAGGAAGCAGGAUGCAGAUUGAAGACGGAACUGGGAGGACCAGAAAUAUCGUAGAGCUCAGAGAGGCUGCAGUUGGCAUCAGUAAAAUCUUUGAUGCCAGGACAAUCGGACUGAAGGUGUUUGAAGACUAUGCAACCUCGUGGAAAUGGAUCCUCAUUGGCCUGACCAUCGCCAUGGCGCUGAGCUGGAGUUUUCUGAUACUCCUGAGGUACAUAGCUGGAUUCCUCUUCUGGGUCUUCAUGUUUGGCGUGCUUGGAAUUAUAGGAUAUGGCAUAUGGUACUGUUAUCAAGAGUACCAUGGCCUCCAGCAGAAACCACAGUCCACCAUCCUGAUAUACGACAUCGGAGUUCAGAGCAGCAUACACAUGUUCUUUCAGCUGAAGCAGACGUGGUUCUCAAUGAUGAUCAUCUUGUCCGUCAUCGAGGCCAUCCUCAUCAUAGUGCUCAUCUUCCUCAGGAGUCGAAUCCGAGUAGCCAUCAUCAUGCUGAAGGAAGGAAGCAAGGCCAUCGGCUACAUCCCCAGCACGCUGAUGUACCCGAUUGUAACUUUCAUCCUGCUGUCCAUCUGCAUCUCCUACUGGGCGGUGACAGCCAUUUUCUUGGCUACAUCAGGAGUACCAAUAUUCAAAGUUAUGGUCCCAGAGGGGAAAUGUAUCUAUGAAGAUGAAACUUGUGACCCAGAUAUUUUCCCUGAAACUAACAUUCCCAAAGUCUGCCCCGGGGCAUCCUGUAACUUCGCUUCCUACAGUGGAAAGAAUGAGUAUCACAAUUACAUCAUGACCUUCCAGAUGUACAACCUCUUUGCCUUCCUCUGGCUUAUAAACUUUGUCAUUGCGUUGGGUCAGUGCACCCUCGCGGGGGCCUUUGCUUCAUACUACUGGGCCAUGAGGAAACCCGAGGACAUCCCGAAAUACCCGCUCUUCAUUGCCUUCGGACGAGCGGUGCGAUACCACACGGGGUCCCUGGCCUUCGGAUCAUUGAUCCUCGCAUCAGUCCAGAUGUUCAAAGUGAUCUUAGAGUACCUGGACAGGCGGCUGAAAAAGGCGCAGAACAGUGUUUCCAAGUUCCUCCAGUGCUGCCUGCGGUGCUGUUUCUGGUGUUUGGAAAAGAUGGUGAAGUUUUUAAACAGAAAUGCCUAUAUCAUGAUUGCAUUAUAUGGCAAAAAUUUCUGUGAGUCAACAAAAGAUGCUUUCUAUCUGCUCAUGAGAAACAUUUUGAAAGUCGCAGUUACAGAUGAAGUCACACACUUUGUAUUACUCCUGGGGAAAAUUCUAGUGUCUGGGAUUGUAGGUAUCCUGGCCUUCCUGCUCUUCACAGAGAGGCUGGAAAGGAUUGUAGAAGGACCGACGACUUUAAAUUACUACUGGGUACCUUUCCUGACUCUGGUGGUUGGAUCUUACCUGAUUGCUCACGGGUGCUUCAGCGUCUACUCAAUGUGUGUUGAGACCAUUUUCGUCUGCUUCUGUGAAGAUGUGGAGAGAAACGACGGCUCAGCAGAGAAACCUUACUUUGUAACCCCCAGCCUGCACAGGAUUCUCACCAAGAAGCGCCCUGGUCCCCAGAGACAGACCGAGUAGAAAAGCUCCAAGCAGGAGCCUUGUGAAUUAGGUUGAUUGCAAUGUGAAAACGUUGCUUUGGAGCAGGGUGCAAAUUCCGUGCUGUUUCUGAAAAGGCUGCAAUUGGUACCACUGGAGGGAGCUGGCGUUUGACAGUGGCCUAACAUUCUUUCUAGACUGUGGUCCCAACUGCAGAAACUUGCAGCUGACAAUGUUUUACUAACUUUUAUAACUUUGUUAGCCUUCCUUUUUUAUAGGUGUAUAUUUGUAAAGAACAUUCAGGCUGUUUUUUUUUAACAACACUAUAAAUGUGUGAUCGAUUAGCCAUAAACGUACCGAGUUGUAGUUGACCGGCAUAUGGUACUAAAUUUGUAAAUAUGGUGCUAUGGUUAUAGUUACUGUUUAAGCUGGUGAACAGCUCUCUAAACUGUGAUUCAGCUUGUAACCCUGGUUCCCUAGAAAGCAUAUUUCAGUCUGGUGAGUCCGUGACAAGGCAUGUGAAGCGCAGGUCCCAUGGGUUCCGCGGCUAGCAUCGCUGCAGGUGACGUGAACUGUGGCCCUGUGGUCCAUCUGUUUCAGAGACACAAGACUCAUACUGGGGUCAAAUCUAGGUUUGGGGAUAUCAUUUCCAUUACUGUGAGCCUUUGGCCACCCUGAGAUUAUUUUGAAAGAGCAGAAAUAGCUACCUCGUUCAUCUCUUGCCUUUUGCCCGAGUUUCCAGUCAUGUAGAAGGCCUUUGGACUCUCCUCUUCACGGGUUCAUGCCUGUGUUCUUGUGACUUCAUUCUGCAGAAGGUCUGAGUUUAACUUUCAGUGAGGGAAGUACGCUGAUGGGUUCAUUCAGAUUUUCUUCUAAGGAAAUGAAUGGACCAGUGGCCUUCUAUCAAGUACCGCAUCUGAUACUUUCAAGGGUGCUUGGUUCAAAUUGGAAAAUCUCCUCCCUAACCACACCCCCAGGGCUUAGAGAGGAAGCUAGUUUGUUGUGGCCGUGCCUAAAUGUCACACGGUGAACUGGACCCAUACACCUGUCUGCUCUUUCCUGUGUGUGGAGGGGACCACUGGGCCACAUGGCUAAUUAAAUAAAGUCCCUCCAAAGAGCACAGGACUAAUCAGUGCCCUUUUGGUUUUGAUGCUAAACUCAUGUCAGAUUGUUUAUAUAUUAAUAAUGGAAUGUGUGGAUAUCAAUACGGCCCUCACACUUGAGAGUCGGAAAUAUAUCCUUGAGUUAUAAGUUAAUAUAAAUGCUAAUUUAUUUAAUAAUCCUGAAGUGUGCGGAUCUAGAUUUAGAACUGUUUUAUGGAGACUUCCUACAGAGAGCCAAUUGUUUCAGAAGGUUUUCAGUGUGUCGUCCACAUGACAGCCAGCGGCUUGUGCUUGGUCUACUUUAUUGAGGUUGUUCAGUCUCAAAUGUCACUUGGAAAAGAGCCUUCUUUCUUUCCUUGAUAAGGCAGAGAAAAGUGAUCGCUUAUCUUUUUCUUGAAUUUAGUAGUAUUUUGUUUUCAACCAUUCAAGGACCUCAACAAAGACCUUUAAGAAUGUGGCAUUUACUAGUGAAGCUGCAGCCGCAGGUGUCUCUUGUUUGGAUGUGGGCGUCUCUCUGGGUUGUGAUAAGAUACUUGAUCCAGCUACACACAAAAAUUAGCGAUAGAUCAGAUGCGAGAAACUGGCCGUCGUUUUGAUGUAUUGUGGUGUAUUCCCCAGAAAAAAAUAGUCUCUGUUUAUUACUAUUGUACUUAAAAUGUGUAGCGUAAAAAUGAAUGUUGUUUCUGAGAAGAAUUUUAGAAGCCAUUUUCUUAUACAGCAAUUAAAGUUUUUAAAACACAGAGCAAUAUUUUCAGAACUGUCCGUGGAAGGUUUUGAAAUUAAUUGUAAAGACCACUUUGUCAAGGUUUUACAUUCUAAGUUGUCAUUGGAAAAACAAAGACACUUUGGAAACAUAUUGUAAUUUAGAGAGUAAAUUUGGGUGGGGAGUAAACAUUGUUUCCUCAGUCAUUCCAUGGAAAGGCUUGAACUUUCGCCAGAACUGACCUGGGACACGGAAUGAAAUGAUACCUUAUCGAUGUAUUAACAAGGGCUGAUUGUUCUCCAUAGCUGUUUACAAUGAUGCUGAUGGCGUCUAAAAAAGCGAUGUUUGGCGUUGCUGUGCAGCGGGUGGGCAGCAGGUGGCGAUGUUGCUCCUCCCACCGCUUUCCUGCGCUGUUGACGCUCUGCCCUCCUCCCUCCUAGUGGAAGACUUAGAAAGAAACGAAGGCUCUCCUUCCAGACCCUAUUUCGUGACUCCGACCCUAAUGAAACUUUUGAUGGAGCGCAAAACGAAUAAGAAGCAGUAGGAGAGCCAGCUGGGCACCCCGCCACCUGCGUCGCCUCCUGCUCCGCUGGGUGCGGCCGACACUCCCUGCACAGCGCUUCGGUCGGGGACAUCCGUAUCCACGGCCUUGCUGCUUGCGUUCUCAUCUUAUACCAAAGCCCACACUGUAACCUGUGAAGCCAUCAGAAGCCGCAAGGGGAUUGUUAAUAACAUGCAACAUUUUUAUACUAAGAUCUUUCGUUUUGUAUUUUUUUUAACAUAAAGAGGCUUGGAUGUUUGGAAAAAUAUAUUGGAUACAUUCAUGUUCUUUUCAGUAUUAACUUAAUGGUGUAUACAUGAUUUAAAUCAAUAGUUCCUAAUAAUUUUUUUAAGAUGACAACAAAAAAGACUUCUGCAGGGAAAAAUUGAUAAUUAAAGCAAGAUAAAUGUUUGUAGGUCCCUUCCCCACUCCUGUUUGACAGUCAACCAAUUAAGCAGACCACCUGCCUCCAUUUUUUGCCUAAGUAGAGAAUACUUCCUGUGACAGCUGCCAGUCAGCCACCCGCCCUAACCACCCAGUUCUCCCGCAAGUGCCUUCCUGGCUGGUCAGUACUUCCCGGAUCUUGUGGGCAAGUGUACAGACCUUGUUCGAAGAAAUCAAACCCUGCAGUGCCAAGCGAUGAAAGAUCUUCUCACGUUUUCAGUUUGUUUUCUUCUGUUUUGUUUCCAUCUCGCUCGGCGACUGGAUACCUCUGGUCAUUUCACUCCUGAUAAUCCUCACUUCCAGAGGAACGCAUUAUGUGACUCGAGCAAUUCCCCUUGCGCCUUGUGGACAUUCACAAAUGUGUGCUGCACGCAAGCAAAACACCCGAGAGAAAAAUCUGUUGGCUUUGUGUUUGUUUUUAACUGAAGUAAGUUUUAAAGUAAAAUCUUUUCUAUAGUAGUUCUUAAAAAUACGGUAGGUCGGCCCCUGCACAUCUAGUGUCUUACCUGUCCCCAAGGGCAGCUUGUGGGAGUUACACGAGGAUGCUUGCCCCUCAGAGGGUGGCGAGGGGCAUGCCCGGUGCUGACAAGCUCUGUUACACUUGACUCUUCCGUGGGAGCCUGUUUUAUAUAUGUCAUUCCACUUUUUAUGAGACAACCUGUUUACCUGUCGAUUUUUUUACUGUGCCAAUAGAAGUCUUUGAUUCAGUUUUAAAUAAUGUUCUGAGGAGUGCUAAGGUUUAGGAGAACCAACUCCGUUUAACCCAACUCAGACUUACAGCAAGUCAACCACAUGGUGGACAUUAGUGAGUCAGUCAGUAAUAACUUAGUAUCGUUUAUCAAUGAUCUGUUUGUUGGAAGGUCACUUUAGAUACUUUUAUACCAAAAAGUUCCCACUAGCGCCUUGCGGUGUGGGCUCACCACCCCUCCCGCCCCACGCCUGGUGGUUUGGGCUCUCCUGAGCCCAUGGCGGCGUGGGUUAUAUAAUCACUGUGUCUCUGCUAUGCAGGAACACUCAAAGUGUAUGCUCUAAAAUACCUUUGAUAGCUA